AAGGGAAGCAAGAAGAGGGGAAGAAAUUAAGGUGGGUCAACCCAAGAGAGAGGAGGAGGAGGAGGGGGAGGAGGAGGAAGUGAUGGGGUUUUUGUCGCACAAAAUUGAGAGGUCGGAAAUUAAGCCGGGAGAUCACGUCUACGCCUGGAGGGCGCUCUUCACUUACUCCCACCAUGCUGUGAUUAUUUCCAUGGCGAGAUUACAUGAUGGUAUUUAUGUUGGAGGAAGCAAAGUGGUUCACUUUACGCGCAAAAAGGACACAUCCGGCACCGACUCGUCCAACUCCUCUGGUUUGAGCUCAGGCGUUCCAACACCUUGCCCAACCUUCCCUGACUGUGGUUUUCAGCAACCCAGCAGUGGAGUUGUUCUCUCUUGCUUGGAUUGCUUCCUUGGCAAUGGCUCCCUCCACCGCUUUGAAUAUGGAGUGCCACCGUCGGUAUUUCUUGCCAAAGUCCGAGGUGGUACAUGCACGACAGCAGAAUCCGACCCACCAGAGACGGUGAUUAGUAGAGCGAUGUUCCUACUUCAGAAUGGAUUUGGAAACUAUGAUCUGUUCGAGAACAAUUGUGAGGAUUUCGCACUCUACUGCAAGACAGGCCUUCUAUCCCUUGAUGAACUGGGCAUAGGUAGGAGUGGACAAGCAUCAUCGGUCAUAGGUGUUCCAUUGGCAGCCCUUUUUUCUACACCCUUCAACUUGCUGGUGGCAGGUCCAGUGGGAAUGGCCACUGUGACUGCUGGGAUGUACUGUGCGGGAAGAUACAUCACCGACAUAGGGGUUAGAAAGGAUGUGGUCAAGGUUGCAGUUGAGGACUUGGCUGCAAACCUUGGUUGGCAGCACCAGCAUGAGGAAGAAGCAGCAGAGAAGGGUUCUGAGAGACUGGUUACCUUGCUGCCCAUGGAAGAGGAAACACCAAAAUAACAUUUGUGGCUAUGUUGCAUGGUGUGCAUUGGUGGGGCUUCCGUCUAUUCUUCCUUUAUCAGUUAAUUUGGUGUGGUUUAAUUAGUUUGAUGGUGAUGAAGUCAGUGUAGGUUGGUUUCUGCCAUUGAACUUGACCUAUAGCAUCAAUUGUCAGAUCAUUGUGAAUCAUCCUUGUAAGGAGCACAUGAUUGUGGGAAUAAAAAAUACAAGCAUUUAAAAGAGUUCAUGCUUAA